GACUACUUCGAUCGCCCAGAGUGUUACAAACGUGGUAUCAGAGCACUCUCUUGGCACGAUGGCAACCAAACGCAUCGAGGAAAGCUUCAAUCUCUUCACCGCCCGCUCUGGUGAAACAGAAUCGCAGCUUCGAGAUCAUUUUGCGGUCUUGGAUGAUCAAUUCACUACACGCACCAGUCAAUUGCAUGACUUAGUUGCUUGAUUGAGGUGCAUUUACAUCAAUUCGCAACGAAUACUACUCGUUUGGAUGGCAUGGAAGGCCGUUUGGAAGGGCUUUUUGAUUGCCUAGAUGGUCAAAUUGAUGAGUUUAUCCGCUGAAUGGAAUUAGAUCAUCUGCAUAUGGAGGUGAUUAUUGCUAGUGUGGAGGAGCCACAUAGAGUUCAGAACUGUGACCCUGGAUUAUUGUCAUUGCCGCAUCAGGCUCGUCGGCUAGUUAAGCCUGGCAUUCAGUUUCAGGCUUCCUCCACCACGAGGAGGUUUAGUGAAUGGUCGUAUAUUGGCGUUGUGGGGGUGUUUAACAAGCUAAGGUAGCGCGACUCUCUUGCAGAGUAUCAGGAGAGGUUUGAGGAGCUCCAAUCUCGGAUGGUUCAUUAUAAUCCUACACUGGAGGAGGAAUAUUUCAUAUCCAAUUUCAUUAGUGGUCUUGAGGAAGAGCUGAGAACGCUUGUGACGAUGAUGGAGCCAGAUUCUUUGGCUCGAGCAUUUCAAUUAGCCAAGCUGGAGGAGCCUUCAAAUAAGGCCAGGAGAAGGAUAUGAAGAACUGCUCCAGGCAUUCGUCCUCCUUAUGUUACCAACUCAUAGCACUACUUUAGCACCUAAGAAGUGGGAUUCAACUAAUUUGAGGCCACCUGCAAAUAAGAAUGCUUCUACAACAGCUCAUGAAGGAAACUUCCAAAGGGGGCUUGCUACAAAUGUGGGGACAAGUAUUAAUUGGGACACAUCUAUGAGGCUAAGAGGCAGUUGAAUGCCUUGCAAGGAGAUGAUUUAGGGGGUUUUCCUCCAGAGGGGUGGAAUGAUGAUGAGUUUAGUGAUGCUUCAUAGAGCUGUCUGUGUUACAGAACUUGGAAAUCUAACAAAAAAAAGUGACAAUGCAGGCUUUGAAUAGUGGUGGUACUGACAAUUCUCUAGUAGUAAAAGGCAAGGUGAAGAAGCUCAGGUUGUUUAUUUUGGUGGACACUAGCAGCACACAUACAUUCUUAAAUGAAUGUACAGCCGAAGAACUUAAUUAUUCUAUCUCCAGCUACUAUUUUGAGGGUUAAGCUAGCUGAUGGCACAGUUUUGGUCAACAAUCUGGUUUGCAAGGAUUUCUAGUGGGAGAUGCAAGGUCAAUAGUUUGUGCAUGCUGCUAGGAUCUUAAGCUUAGUGUCUAAUGACAUGGUAUUGGGCUUGGAUUGGCUUAGGACUAUCAGUCCAGUGAAGUUUGACAUUGUAAACCUACAAUUUUUUUUUUUUUUUUUUUUUUGAGUAGGAGGGAUAAGAAGUGCAAUUAGAAAGAAUUGAAAAAUAUGGUAACUGCAAGGAAAUGUCUGGCAAAGAUUUACAUAAGUUUUUAAAUCAGAAGGUACCCUUGUGGACAAACAACUAUUACAGAUAUCUGUCACUUCAACUGUCCCAAGUAACAUUCCUGAUUUCUUGUGUUAAAUGAGUAUGCAUAUGUGUUUGAAAAACCUACCGCCCUCCCCCUUCCAGGUCCCGUGACCACUCUAUUCCAUUACAACCCAACUAGUUAACAUCAGACCCUAUAGAUAUCCCGUACCUCAGAAAAUAGAAAUGGAGAAAUUGUGCGAUGAAAUGCUAGCUUCUCAAUACAUACAGCCUAGCCACAAUCCCUUUGAUUCACCAGUGUGACUAGUACUUAAAAAAGAUGGUUCAUGGAGAGUCCGUGUUGACUAUAGAAAAUUAAAUACCCUCACCAUCAAAGACAAGUUUCCAAUACCAAUAAUUGAUCAUUUGCUUGAUGAGCUUAAAGGAUAAAGAUAUAUUUUACUAAGUUGGAUCUUCUAUCAGGCUAUCAUCAGAUAAGAAUGAAUCCUGAUGACAAAUUCAAAACUGCCUUUAGAACCCACCAUAGCCAUUUUAAAUUCCUUGUCAUGCCAUUUGGUCUUGCCAAUGCCACUGCUACCUUUCAGUCCCUCACGAACCGAAUCUUUGUUAAACACCUUAGGAAGUUCAUACUAGUCUUUUUUUAUGACAUAUUAGUAUACAACCCUUACCAGUCUACCCAUAAAUAGCACCCUAUCACCACCUUAGCCAUUCUCAGACAACACACCUUAUAUGUCAAACCAUCUAAAUGCUCAUUUGGCCAAUAGCAAGUGGAUUACUUGGAACACAUUAUUAAUGAAAGAGUCUGCACUAA